AUGAACACACCAUCGACUAUACCUCAACUUGUGCUGUACCACGAUGGUUCAUCAAAAAUAAAACCGAUAAUCUAUAGACACCAUCCUCGCAGUGUUCCGGAUAAAGUAGAAGCGCCAACGCGAAUUUCUAUAAUACUUCACACGCUUUCGGAGAUUUUCAACGAAAACGUUUCGGUAAAAGAAUUUCAACGUUUCUUCGAAGAAGGCCCGCAGCCAGUAUCUCCCGAGGAGCAGCCCGAGGAGCAGCCAAAACGAGUUAAUUUAAGGAAUGCCCGAAUAUGCGGAAUGUAG